AUGUCGAGCUUUGACAAUAGCCACAACAACUCCCCUCAGACGUACGAGCCUGUCGUUCCUGUGGAUCUUACCCGGGCCUCUUAUCACAGCGCAAUGGGUCCCCCACCACAGCACACCGUCCAAGAGACUCGCAGCUCGUCUGAGACGAGCAAUGCGUCACUCAAGAGCCCACGCACUGCUCGAUUUGCCGAAGCCACAUCCAUCCACUCUCCCAUCGAACGAACGGAAGCUAGUCGGUCACCCUUCGCCGAUCCUCCCAAAUCACAGGCGCAGGGUGGUGGUGUUGGUGAUCUCGGCUUCGGCUAUGUCGCACACAACAACCCAGCUCAGCAUGCAGACGACCAGGUUCCGAUGUCGCCUUUCAGACCUGACCUGAAGGUACCCCAAACGGCCAAGUCAUUGAACCCUCUCAGCCCAACUUUCCGUGAGGAGUAUAUGCUUGAGAAGCAAGAGAAGAAGGCCGAAGUGGAAAAUGCCCGAGACCUGAGAAUCAAACUCCGCGUUCGUAUUGCAAAGGUCUUCCUGCGAUUCAUCAACUUCGGCUGCAGUCUCAUUGUGCUAUCUCUAUUAGCCGUGACAUUGACCGUCUUCAACGCAACCAGGAACCUGCCAACUCGCAACAACCUGCCAGCCUGGGCAGAAGGCACGAACCCAUGGGCCCAGUACCUUCUCCUGGCAAUGGCGUGCGUCUCCCUCUUCGCCUGUCUAAUUGUAUUCUGGGCCUACCGCAAAGGCGGACACAAGCGCGCAGAGAAAGCAGCAGUUUACUACACAAGCUUCUCAAUCGCCUUCUUCGCCUUCAACCUGAUAAUGUGGAUCGUCGGGGCCGCAAUCUACCAACACUCCAAAGCAACCGGAAACAACAAAGACAUGUGGGGAUGGUCCUGCGCCCAAAACACGCGCGAAGAGCUCUACCACAACAGCAUUGACUACGCCCUUCUCUGCCGCCUGCAAGACUGGGGCCUAGUCUGCGCAAUAAUCGAAGUCGUCAUCGAAGUCCUAGUGAUAAUAAUCUACGUGGUAGUCUUCUACCGCGUCUGGAGCAAGCGCAAGCUCAUGAAAUCAAUGGACACCCGCGACAACGCCCGCUCAGAUCUCUACCUCGCCCAGCUACGCCUGCAAUCAGCCCCGAACACCCCCGGUUUCGCAGGCUUCAGCUCCUACCCACCCAAAUCGCCCUUCUACGCCGCCGCCCCAGGAGACGCCUACUCAGCCGCCGAGAAGGGCCAGGCAACCCAGACACAGUACGCUUCGCCUGCCUCGCCUACGCGCCCUAGCCCGUCGUUCCAGCUGCAGGCCCCGCCCAUUCGUGUUCAGCAGGCUACGCCGCAGACUGCCCAGGGCGAGUUUUCGCCUCAUUUGUCGCACUCGCCGUCUCCGCCUCCUCCCCACCGCGCUCCUUCUCCGCCGCAGUCUCGGCAUGUUAACGCUCCUGGGGAGCAGACUUAUGCUGCUGUACCAAUUCCUGGUGCUUAUGGGAGUCCCAUGGGCCCGACGUUCCCGGCUGCUGUACACAAAUGA